AUGGGUCUCAAGCAGUUUUUCAAAAGCCGGUCUGGCUUGAGAGUCGAUAAUCGUAAGACGACCUCUGCCGCUACCCUGACUCUGCGACAGAGUCUAUGGCCCUUGACGUUGGUGACUAUCUUGUUCUUCUUGUGGGGCUUUGCCUAUGGACUUUUGGAUACUCUGAAUAAACACUUUCAGAAUACAUUGCACAUCGACCGAGCCCGCUCAUCCGGUCUCCAAGCUGCGUAUUUCGGCGCAUACCCACUCGCCUCCCUAGGCUACGCAAAUUGGAUCCUGCGCCACUAUGGCUACAAAACCGUCUUCAUCUUCGGUCUUGUGCUCUAUGGCAUUGGAGCUCUGUGCAUGUGGCCCGCAGGUUUGAAUCGCUCUUUUGGUGGCUUCUGCGGCGCGACCUUCGUCAUCGGCUCCGGACUAGGUUCCCUUGAGACAGCAGCGAAUCCUUAUCUAACAGUCUGUGGACCGCCUCGAUAUUCCGAAAUCCGAAUCAACUUCGCGCAAGCAUUCAAUGCCAUCGGGACUGUUGUCGGGCCUGUGCUUGGAUCAUAUGCUUUCUUCACCGAGACAGCGGACGAUGUCUCGGCUCUGCAAAGUGUGCAGUGGGUAUAUCUCGCCAUCGGCAUCUUCGUCUUCUGUCUCGCGGGCGUAUUCUUCAUUUCGAAUAUCCCCGAGGUAACAGAUGAAGAUAUGGCGUUCCAGGUUGCGCAGACCCACGUUAACGAGCAGGAUAAGCCAUUUUGGAAACAAUAUAAGCUGUUCCAUGCGACGCUGGCGCAGUUCACGUACACCGGUGCCCAAGUGGCUAUUGCCGGUUACUUUAUCAACUACGCCACAGAGACAUGGCCUGGUACAAGCAGUGCCACGGGUGCAAAGUACCUGGCUGGAGCACAGGGUGCUUUUGCCGUGGGACGGUUCCUAGGCGCGGGAGUCAUGAAGUAUGUCAAGGCUCGCUGGGUAUUCCUAGUAUAUCUGUCCUGUACGGUGGCGUUCCUUGCUGCGUCAGUGACGCAGACGAAGCAGAGCGGCAUUGCGAUGUUAUUCCUGGUGUUGUUCUUUGAAUCGGUUUGUUUCCCUACGAUCAUGGCGCUGGGUAUCCGUGGCCUGGGACGUCAUUAUAAGCGUGGCUCGGGCUUUAUUGUUGGUGGUGUCUGUGGUGGUGCUGUUGUGCCGCCGAUUCUGGGCCAUGUUGCUGACAUGCGGAACAAUACUGGCUUUGCGUUUAUUGUGCCUACGAUGUUCAUGGUCGUUGCUUGGACUUAUGCUGUCGCUGUGAACUUUGUUCCGGCUUACACCAUUACAAUGGAUAAAGUUGGUGAAAGUACAGUGGGCAUUGAUGCUGGCUCGAAGGACGAAGAGGCUAUGGGUGAAGCCGAUGAGAGUAAGAAGGUAUCGAGCGCUCAUAUUGAGUGA